CACAAAGUUCAGCCGCACUUUGAACAAACAUCACUACGGUACCGCUGCCUCACCCCACGUUAUGGCAAACUCGAUAGAUAUCGACAUGGACAAGCAGAUAUCUGAGCAUUUGGAGAAGCGGGAGGCGCUGGUCACUAAAGAGAAGGAGUUCCGGCAUGACCAUAAAUUCCGAAAAUCCCUCUCGACAACGGCGAAACGUGCCGCGGCAAUAGUCUCCCGCAUCAGGCAGCACGAAGCAGAGACAGUAUGGACGAAGGAAACCGUGGAGGAAGAAGGGGACAUAUACCCCGGUAUGAUGUUCACUCUUGCUAGGGAUCGCAUGGAAACGACCGAGUUGUGGAAGAUUGUGAAGAAGAUGCCGAAGGGGUGUCUGUUACAUGCUCACUUGGAGGCUAUGGUUGAUAUGGAUUGGCUGUUUGGGGUUGCGUUGAGUACGCCUGGGAUUCAUAUAUAUUCGGAUAUUCCUCUCACUACGCCGAAGGCGUUGGAGAAGGCGAAUAUUCGGUUUACGUAUUCUCCUACCACACCGAGGGUGGCUGGCGGGCUCUACUCGUCGCAGUACGAACCUGGGAGUCUAAUCCCGGCGACUGAGGUUGCAGAUUCUUUCCCGGCGAAUUUACUCCUGAACGAGCCUUUGGGGAAACAGACCUCCCGGGAGGGCUUCCUGAAGUGGAUUAUUCGCCGCACUACCAUCACCGCGGAGGAGAGUCUGAAGCAUCACGAGGGGAUAAACAUGAUUUGGGCGAAAUUUCAGAGCAUUUUCCUGGUUAUUCAAGGGAUUAUCUUCUAUGAGCCUAUUUACCGACAAUUCGUCCGCCAUAUCCUCGACCACCUCCACCAAGACGGUGUUCUAUGGGUCGAGCUCCGCGCAGCCUUCCUGAUGACCUUCAAGGCCGCCAAAACCGGCGCCACACUCCCCCGCUCAGACGUCGCAAAAGUCUUCUCGGAAGUAGUAGAAGCCUACAAGGCCUCCCCGGAAGGCACCGGCUUCUGGGGUGCGCGCAUGAUCUGGACUAGCAUCCGCCGGUUCGACCAAGAAACGAUAAUAGCCGGUAUGAAAGAAUGCGUAGAAACCAAAAAGUUAUACCCCGGUGUGAUUGCAGGCUUUGACUUGGUGGGACAAGAGGACCUCGGACGAACACACCUAGAAAUGCUCCCAGAGAUAUUGUGGUUCAAAGAGUACUGCAAGCAACAGCGCCUCGACAUCCCAUUCUUUUUCCAUGCAGGAGAAACGCUCGGCGAUGGGAAUGGCUCGGACGGGAACCUCUUCGACGUGAUACUGCUCGGCACCAAACGCAUCGGCCACGCCUUUUCGCUGCACAAGCAUCCACACCUGAUCUCCCUGGUUAAGCAGAAUAACAUAUGCGUUGAAGUCUGCCCCAUAUCAAACGAGAUGCUCCGCUUGACGUCGUCUAUCCUGUCACACUCGCUACCGGCAAUGCUAGCGCAUGGCGUCCCCGUGUCACUUAACAAUGAUGACCCGGGAAUCCUCGGGCAGAAGACCACGGCAAGCAUGACGCACGACUACUGGCAGGUGCUGCAGGCGUUUGAUAACGUUGGUCUGGAAGGAUUAGGAGAUUUGGCGUUGACGGGGGUGAAGUUUGCCGCCUUCGAGGGCGGGGAUGUGGGUGUUAUGGAGGGGCCAAGGGUGCAGAGGAUGGAGGAGUGGUGGGAAAGGUGGGAGGUGUUUUGCGAGUGGGUCGUGGCCGAGUUUGGCCAUUGGGAGGGGAAAGUAGGACUUGCUACGAAUACAGUUGAGAAGAGUGGGUGGUGA